AUGGCCCCUCCUCUGAGCCAUGAUGAGUUCUUCUCAUCUCUUACAAAUCUCCUUUCCAAGACAUCCGAAAAGGCACGGGGAUCUGUCUCCAUGACUCAAAAAUCUUUACCCAAUUCCGAAUCCAAUUCCCCACCUUCAACCCUCAUUCGCAUCACCGAUGGAAACACCAAUGCGCCGAUGCCCAAGGCGGACAAGCAAGGCAAGAUCACCAAGAAUACAUCCUCGAAAAUCAAGUUCUCGACAAUUGUGACAUCAGAUGACCUCGAGACAUUCUACACCCGUUAUGCAGAGCUGUGCAAGACUGGGAUGACUGGAAUGAAGAAGCGGGAUCGCAAGCGCAAGACAAAGGCCAAGGGUGGAGCCUCAAAGGCUGUUAAGGCAUAG